ACUAUAAUAUGGCCGCCAAAUUUAUCAGUUCUGCUAUAUCAUCUUACAGAAAUAUUUAACCGAAAAUAGCGAACAGUGGACAAAAAUUUAGCUGCAUAUAGUGUUAUUUACUUUAUUUUAAGACUGUUUUAUUAAUUUCAAAGGAGCAACAUGAAGGUGACACUAAAAAAUCUUCAGCAACAAACAUUUAUUGUAGAUAUAGAACCGACAAAAACGGUUAAACAACUUAAACAAAAAAUCGAAACAGAAAAGGGAAAAGAUUAUCCUUCUGAUAACCAGAGACUGAUCUAUGCAGGCAAAAUACUUACAGAUGAAACAGUUUUGUCAGAGUAUAACAUCGAUGAAAAGAAAUUUAUAGUAGUAAUGGUUACAAAGCCAAAGCAACCAGAGAAAACAGAUAGUGGAGAUGGAAACUCUACUCCAGCCAGUAAUACCCCUGCUACUCCAGUAACACAACAAGCUCCCACCAGUACCCCAGUUGCGUCAGAAGAAACUCCACCUGCUGCCCCUACAACACAAGCUGCUUCAGAAGCACCUUCUACUAUAAGUAGUGUAGCUGAAUCCACCCUACUUAUGGGUGAGGAAUAUGAGACCAUGGUGAGGAACAUUAUGGAUAUGGGUUAUGCAAGAGAUGAAGUUGAACAAGCACUGAGAGCUAGCUUUAAUAAUCCAGAUAGGGCAGUAGAAUAUUUGAUAAAUGGUAUACCUCCUAUGGAUGAUCAGGAGGCGGUCAGUGAAACUGCUGAUCUCUCAGGUGUAGAUGAAAGACAGUCUGAAUCAGACGACCCUUUGGCAUUUUUGAGGACUCAACCCCAAUUUCAACAAAUGAGGCAAGUCAUCCAACAAAAUCCACAGCUGUUGAAUGCUGUGCUGCAGCAAAUCGGACAAACCAAUCCUGCUUUAUUACAGCUAAUAUCCCAGAAUCAAGAAUCAUUUGUGAGGAUGCUCAAUGAACCUGCUAGUGGAGCACCAACAAGUGGAAGUGCCACUGUACCUAGUGGGGGAGGUGCAUUAGGAUCUCAAGCUGCUGCAGGAGGACCACCACAAGGCAUGAUCCAAGUCACCCCACAAGACAAGGACGCCAUCGAAAGGCUGAAAGCCUUGGGCUUCCCCGAACACCUAGUAGUGCAGGCCUAUUUCGCUUGUGAGAAAAAUGAAAACUUGGCGGCUAACUUCUUACUCUCCCAAAAUUUUGAUGAAUAAUUAUUAUGCUUUAAGUUUUUAUUUUUCUUUUUUGAUAAAGCUCCCAUCCACGCUGAUGAAUAUGUUAAUAGCAUUUUCAGUUUAAUGUUAACGAGUUGAAGGCACACACCUUAUUCUAUAUAUAACUUUAUGUAUAAAUACAAAUCAUCUGUAUAUUAGCGAUUUUUCUUGAAACAUCGAAAAUCUAGAUAUUAGCAGUUUUUUAAGAGGCAUGUAAAGAAUUCAAUAAAUGUAAUAAACAAUUAUGUAUGUCUAAUAUUUUUAAAAAAUAUUAAUUUAGCAUUUUAUUGCCUUAAAUAAAUGUACCAGUUGACUGUGGGCUCUAAAAUAUUUGUUUCCCGUGAAGUUAAUGAUUUUUAUCUGGUAAAGGAAUUUUUUAGUCAUAGUUUACAAUAUUUCUCAGAAAUGGUAUAAAUAUAAAACUUUUGUAAUAUUCUAAUAUUUGAAUGUUUUCUAAUUCGCAUAAAAAGACACCGAUAGACAUAUAGACGUGAAUGACCUGAAAAUCUGUAGUCACUUUCAGAUUUGAUAAGUGGUGGAAAUUUUAUUACGAAUAUAUAGAAAAUAUUCCUUAAUAUUCUGUAUAUAUCAUUCCUUUUUGUAUCCUCUUGUCUCCACCACUGGUGUCUAUUCAUCUGUCAUGCUGUGCAUGCUGGAUCAACAUUUUUACAGCAAGUUUCCUUUGAUCGUGUCUUGAUAUGGAAUGUGACAUGAUUUCAUAUGAAUUAAUUCUGCUAUUCUCUUAUAUUCCCAUUUACUAAUUUUCCUUGUUCAACAAAGAAUAUUCUUCCUGUUUAGUGUCAUUAUAUACCUUGAAGAUCGUACACAUGUGCUGCCGGGUCGGUAAGUUGUAUACAGGGUAGGCUUCUGCAUUUCUUCAGGAAACUGUGAUUUCCUUGCAAGAGGUAAGGUUUAUUUUAUGUCUGUUCAUGUGAAUAAGGUUGAUCAAACUUCCUUGUACCUUAAACUUAAUAUGUGUUCGUGUAGUCUGCAGGAGAUUCGUCAAUAGGUUUGUCCUAUAUAUUUCUCAUACUGCAAACUCCAUGAUUUUCCAGUUGAUUGGUGUUUUUUUGCAUUUGUUACUUAGUUUCUGGAUUUCUCAGGUUUCAGGAGUCUUCAUCAGGACUUCAAUCACUUCACUGUUCUCAAUAGAGCAUCUUAUUCCUUAAGAAAAAAAAUUCCUUAGCCUUAAAGUGGAACUGAGGUAAUUUUCUUUGUAGAUCGUCUUCAUGCUCUGCGAUCAACACUUCUCGUCUGCAGCAUCCCAAAACGACAAGCCAGAUUGUAACGAUACAUCGCACGACCACACACUACGUGGAGUAAUAAACGUAGUCUCAUGCGUGUGUCUUAAUAAAAUAAAUUAAAAACCGUCACUCUAUGCGUAGGCGAUAAGAAAGCUAUGCUUUCCGUUUUUUUUUUUUUUUUUUUUUUCAUUUGGAAUAUUUUUACUUGUUUUAUCACCUCGCAUUUUUUCAAAACAUCAAUGAAAACACCAAGCUUCUUAUAACAACUGUCUAGUUGUUUUUGGCGUUUUGGUGAUAAAAAUAAAUGUUGCUUAUUCAAGUAUUUUCAUCUCUGUUUUUCUGUUUCUAAUAGUCGCCAUGUUUUAGAUGUAUUUGCUAAUUGCUGCUGUAUAAAUUCUUGUUUUUGUGUCUUGUCUUAGGUCUUCUUCAGCAUCUCGGUAACUAGUUACAUAUAUUCCCUGAUAUCUGAACCUUGCUUCCUGCUUUAUUAUUUUCCUUAUCUUUUAUACAGUAAGUGAAGACGUCUUCGACUUGGAUGCGAUCAGGUCUAUAAAACAUAGAUAUGCCGGUUUAUUGUACUAGAUGGCCUUUUCUGUGAUUUGUCUUAGUACAAAUACAGCGUCUACACAGGAUCUUCCGGAUCUGAAUCCUUGUUGUUUAUCUGAUAUCUGAUAAAGCUUAAGUGCGGUGUUCAGUAGAUGUAUAUCUCUAUAAUUGUUGAGGUCUUCUUUAUCUCCUUUCUUGGACAUUGGUAUCACUAUGUUGUUUCUCCAUGCGUCUGGAGAUCUUGCAGUGCAAUAUUAUUUCUUGUAUAAGUUUUGUCAUCUCUAGGGAUUUUGUAUACCGUAGAAGUCACAUCAUUUUUGUAAACUGUUUCCAGUGUUCAUUUUUUGUUCUUCUUACCAACUGCUUUGUUUCAUUUCGUAUUCUUCUGUAGGUGUCUCGAGAUUCCAAAGUAUUUGAUGUUUUGUACUUCGUGUAGGCCUCUCGUUUCUCUUUACAUUUUUUUUAGUUCCGAAUUAUAAAAAUAAUACUUACAUUUUAGUAAAAUUACUUGGUAAUAAAACUUUCUUACUAUGUUGUUGUUUUUCUUCCUGAUGAUGGAGAUCUAUUCAGUUUUUUCAACUCAAUAUCUUUGUAAGUCGAUAAUUAGGCAUGGGCAUUAAGUAUUUACACAAAAAAUGCGCCAUCUAUUGGUAAAAUUUGAAUGUUUGUACAAAUAAGAUUGUAGUGUUGGUUGCACAUAUUUUGUAAAAAGAGAUAUAUUGAAAAUUCGAAGUAAUGGAUUAUAUGUAGAUCAUUUUUUUUUUCUGACUUUUGUAAUGUUACGAAAUUAACAAAUUGGGGGUUUAGGAGUUUGAAUACAAAGUUUUCAGUGUUUUAUUGUUACAUAAAUUGGGAGUUGUUUAAGAAUUAUCGAUGAUAGCAAAUAUGUUAUUACAAAUAAUUAUAAUAUAUUCACAGCCAAGAAAAACCGGUCCUACUGGGAUUAUGGACGAUUACCUACUCUUUUUACGAAUGAAUUUACCUUCGGAAAGAUCAUCACGUGGUGUUUAUGCAUUCUGUAAAAUUUUUUGUGGGCUGUGAACGUAUUAUAAUAAGUUGGAACUCUUUUUAAGUGCAAUGGUAAUUUGGAUUUUACUAAGGUUUCUUUGAGACAUCGCUAAAAUAAAGUGUGUGUCUAGACUUUUUUUAGUGGGUGGUUAGCAAUAUUUCCUUUGGUUUGUAAUAUCGAUUCUUUUUAUUUGAAUUUGAGGUUGGAUUGUGUAUUGCGUGUACAUAGGCUAAAAAUAAAAUAGUCACUCUGCUUCAAAAUUUUUCUAAAUAUAAUUUGUAAUUUUUAUGUAAUAUACUAGUACAUUUUUCUGAAAAUAGUUUUCGGGUUAUUUAUUAUAUUGAUUUUCCAAGCUGCCACCAUGUUAUAAUUUACAAUGUCUAGAAAAUAUAUUUAACAGUGCAAUGUU